AUGGGUCGUGCUAAAAUAAAGAUGAAAUUCAUUAAAAAUAAAAAAGCUCGGAAAAUAGCAUUCAUUCAAAGACAGAAAGGAUUAAUAAAAAAAGUUUCUGAGUUUUCUAGAAAGUUUGAAGUUGAACCUUGUUUAGUUGUGUACGAUGGCGACGAUGGUAGACCGACAAUUUGGCCACAAGACUCAACAAUUGUACACACGAUGCUUAAAAAGUACGAGCAACAAAAGAUUGAAACGACUCUAAAGAAGUUUGAUAUGAGUGACUAUUUUGCGAAUAGGAAAAUUAUGGUUGAAGCUGAAAUUUUCAAAUUGCGCAAAAAGAUUAUGAUGAACAAGUAUCCAACAUGGAGUCCAUGUUUCCAUACUAUGGACGUAGAACAACUUAAAGGCUUUGUUGGUAUUGUAGAUGCUAAGAUUCAAGCUUGUAAUCACAAAAUCAACAUGCUGAAAAAUAUGCAAAGUGAGAAAAAUAAUUUGAUGCAAAACAAAACUCAAGAGAAUGUGGCAUCGUCACUCUCAAGUCAACUUGAUCUCACAAAUAACAUUCCUCAAAUACAACAUAUCUCUGAUGAUCCUAUGGUGCUAGUUAAUGAUAAUAUUAUUAACGAGGCGAUUAAUUUUACUAAUUGUGUUAGCUUGCCUCUUGUUUCAUCAACAAAUCAAAUUAAUGGAUCUCCAAAGGUAGAUGAUAUGAUGGUUGAAUCUCAUCAAGAAUGGGCUAAUAAACUUGAUGAAUUUCUACAACUAGAUGGUCCAGUGGCUGAACCUGAGAAUCGGACUUCUGACCUUGCCAAUUUUGAAGAAUGGGCUAAUCAACUAAAUGGUGAUAUUGUGAAUUGGAAUAAUCAGCCUGAUUUGUAUGCAUGGCAAGAUAUUUCGUUUAUGCCAUAG